AUGCCUUGUCUUGAGCAGUCAUUGGUGGCCCGAGACGCGCCUGCAGUUAGUUCAGAUCAUAUUUUAAGGGGCAGCCCGCUGCACAACCAAAGACGUCCCGCGCCGGCCCUAGAACCGUCACGACAUCACUAUCGCGGCUUCUUCGAGGGCACCGUUCACUUCCCCCACACGUCACCCCGCCAACUUCACACCAGGCCACCGCGAGAUCCCAUCGCCUUAGCUUUGGCUUGCACCAAACAAAGCGAUAAGCAGCUCCACCUAGUCUUUCCUCCAUCGCCUUGCUUGACUCGUUCUCCACCGGCUUGCUUGACUUGCCCUCCUCGUCCAGCUCGCCGCGGUGCCCCCGUCGCGAACACCGCAAAAGGCAGGCUGCCUAUCGGUACCCCCGGCCAGCUCGCCGGUAGCUCCUCGCAUUCACACAUUCAGAUCGUGCCGCGAGAGGAAAACGAAUUCAUCGAAGCCGCUGAGCGUGACCGAGACAACCUCCCCACCUUUCGCUCUCCCUCGCUCCAAUACCCGCCUUCCGCCACCCAGCAGAGUCGCAAGGCCCACGGUUCCACAAACAUUGACCCUGAGAAAGGGAAGACGUUUGCAGACAUGGCUCGCCGCUUCACCAACAAGGAUUUUGUACAUGGGGAGGAGCGCGCUACCUCUGGUCCUGUGUCUUUGGCACGCCUUGUUCCGUUUCAGCAGCCAACCCGCAAGAAAGGCAGCAAGUGGCGAUAUCUUCAGCAGAGCGACUUUCCGGACGAUGAUGAAGACGACGACGGAAAUGAAACUGACCAUGGGGAGCUCAGGGAGCUUGCAAACAACUUCACUCGACAAGUCGGCCUUGAGCCUCCCCAACGGCCCCGGUCUGCACCACGAGCCUCACCCUCCAACUUGCCUCCUUUGCAGACUAAUGCCUCUUCUCUGCAUCAGCGCCGAGUUGACACCUCAGAGUAUCAUCACACCAGUGACGCGUCUGCCGCACUCACUCGGGCGAACAGCGAGGAUAUAAGCCCUACCAACACGCGCCAUAUUAUGGAUGAGAAAACUCGGGUAUUUGGCGAGAAGCCUUUACCUGACCCGAUCCGCCUCCGCGAACAGAUGGGCGACUUUGAUGGGCAUGUUGUAUUCAUCGCUCACCCGAAUCGUGAUAUUUCUGCCCAUCAGUGGUCACUCCCAGCGUUCCAAUGGAUUAACAUUGGUGCCUAUUCUCAAAACCGGCGUAAGAUCGAAGGGUCGCUGACUUCUGACCGUCUGAAGUCUGGGAAUAUUCCGUAUGAUUCGCUGCAAUAUUUCAAGGGCGUGGCGGAGCAGAGGGAGAAGCACAUAGUAGAGCACGGGCGGCAAGAAGAGCGAAAGCUUCCUGACCCAGCAAGCAUCCUACGUGUCGAGACACUAUCUCGUCCUGCCUUCACUGACCCAGACCGCUUUGCAUCUCUUUCUAGCACCUCGGAUUCCACAGCCGACCCAUUCCCGACUUUGAACCAAUUUGGCCCACCUCGUGUGGCGGUUCCAAGCCGAAAUCAAGCACCAACACCAUCCCUGCGAACGCUUGCGAAAGAUUUCCUUGAUGACCCAUUCGUCACUCCGGCUAGGCCGCCGCAGCCAGCGAUACCGGUUACCUUCAAUCCCAUCAACCGCGGUAUGAGUGAUCUCCGUGGAGGUGGUGGCCAACGUGCAAUGGGCUCGAUGGAUUUCCAAUUCGAGUUCCCACCAUCAUCAAACUCCCCUCAAGAAACCCGGACAGCUCAGCCUCCAUCUGGGCCAGAAUCGCGAAGGCAGAUUUUUAUUCAGCGAGAGCAGGAACGCAUCCGUCGCGAGCUACGCCCACAGGAGCGGCAGGCUGAACUGGAUCUACGGGAGAUUGAUGUUGGCGAAGACGCCAUGAGUGGCUACGAUGCACCGGACAGACGCCCAACUGUCGCUCGUCCGCAAGUGCCGCCUUCUCCAGAGGAUGUUCAAACUCGCCAGAAGUUGAAGAGCAAGCUAGCAGAGCUCGGUGACCAAGCUCUACGUGGUGGGGGUCAAGGCGAUGGCCGUGUUGCGGUCCCGGAUCUACCCAGUCGACCAGCUGCUGCGCGCAACUUGUUUCCUCCCCCAGGACUGACAGUUGCCAACCCGCAUCGUGUCGUCUCUACUUUGAACGCUACGGCGCCGCCAUAUACCCACUUACCCCAGGACAACCGACCUAUUCCCCACUCCGACUCCGACUCUGAUGCUACUGCUACAAAUGUCCCAACAGCCACAAAUCUGAAAUUCAGCGACCCCGAUGGUAUACGUCAAGUUCAUAAUCGUGAAAUUGCAAGCGGGCUCGGGCAUCAAGGGCCCACACCUCAAAAUUUCAAAGGCCCGUUCUUUGCAGACACCAUACCAACGUCCCACAAUCCUACUGCUCCACUCUCAUUCCAAGUCGACGAGCAGGAUAAGUUGAGAAAUUGGUUCAGCGAUGGGCAGCGUCCUGCUAGACAGGAAGAAUACUAUAAGAGCAUCAUGGCUACAGCGAACGCAAAUGCCCGAACUCGUAACAUGACAGAUCUAGAAGUUAUCGGUGACGGUUCAUCGCGCAACUACGACCCACAUAAUUUUGCAAACUCUCGUGCUUUCAUUCGACUGUAUGAGAACCUCCGCGAGUACAUGGAAGAGUCAAUAGCACAGCAGGGGGACAAAGACUAUUUCACUCGAGGAUGGAAGCCGGCGCCCCUUCACUUGCGUGACCUGGGAGUUACUGGGAGCCAAAGCUUCUUUGAGGAUACUUCUCCAAUCAACAAUAGGGCUUGUCAGGGAUACAGUGGGCCGAGUUGGGGAGGGUUUGGCCUCAAUCAUACAGCCCCGAAUGGCCGAUUCGGAGGUCCAGGGCCCAGCAGACGCUAA